CGCCGUGGUGCCGAUUUAUAUUUGCGGGCGAGCGCUGGUUUUUUUUUUUUUUUCGUCGGAGAAAAAAAAGGAAUAAACGUUCCGGGCUGGAAGUGGGAUAUUUUUAAAUUCGACCGUCGCAUCCUCGACGUCGCGACGCGCGACACGUGCGUGCCGUCGAAAUCGCGAGACACGCGAGUGUGUGUGAACUCCAGCGCGCGCGGCAGAAAGAAAAAAAAAAACGAUCGGAAAAGUUCAAUUAUUCUUAUCCGUCUUCGCUUUUAAUAGCCGUUCUAAUAGCCCUCGUCGUUCCUCCUACACGAUUCACGAUAUAAGACACUUUUCUGACUUAGAAAAAAAGCUUUGUGCAAUAGGUGGAAAUAAUGCGACCGUAAACUAUUGCAAUAAAUAUGCUGAAAUACUCAAGAGGGGGCACGAGAAUAUUUGCAAUACCCUGAAGACCUUGGAUUUUUGUCAGAACAAGGAAACUAAGUUACUGCCUACCAACAAUAGUACACCCACGCUUGUCACCUGUUCAGUGAAUGUUGUGAUAAUAAUUUAAAUGCCGUCGGGGAGGUUCCAAUGGACAGUCCGUGUUAAACGCAUGAUAUUCAAGUAAAACAGGCUAUUCUACGACUCUAAAAAUACUCUAACUCUUAAUGAACAAAUCAGGAACAAGGACCUAUCGAAUUGACUGAAUGCAUAAACCUAUAAACAAAACAAAAAAAAGAAAGGAAUAAGAUAACUCUAACGACUCUAUUUUUUAUUACAUUAAUAAUUAUUAACCAACGGUUGGAAUACUCUACGAUAUAUAUAUAUCGAGAAAGAACCUAGAAAUAAUUUGGAAAGGCUUUACUAUUUCUUAUGGAUAAUAUGCUUUAUGACCAAAAGAGAUACAAAUUUUUAUUUUAUAUCACAUAAAUUUAUUUUUAAAAAACUUUAAGUGAUACGUAUAAUUGAAGUUGAUUACCUCUUGAAACCUGGCCAAUUGGCAAGUGUUAAAUUUGGCAAGGGUAAACGUUCCAAAUCUCGUAUGAAAAGUAUAGUAGGAUUAACGCGUGUAAAUAAUCAUAAACAUUGACGUUGCGAGCUUGUAAAACAAAAUGUAUAAUAAUUAUUUUAAACGCUUGAAUCAGUGGUUGUACAUAACGAGUCAACAAGAAGGAGAAACAACGUAUUUGAAAUAUUAUGUAGAUGAUAGAGGAUACACUUGCUGCUAGCCCUCUUCAAUACAAGGGUUAAGAAAAAAUGGACAACAGUGGGUCUGGAGUAGUGCAAGUAUUUGUGGGCGAAUGGAGCCCUGAAUAUGAGGCGCUCUCCAUUAAAGCCACGAAACAAACAUCGUCAGCCGAGAUAGUAGAAUGUAUUAUUGAAAGACUCGGACUGGUUGACGCUUCCGUUUCGAAUGGCUAUGAGUUAGCAGAAGUGGUAGGGAAUUCUGUCGGUCAGGAAUGUAAGGAAAGAAGACUUGGCCCCACCGAGUGUCCCGUAGCACUCAUGUUACUGUGGCCAAAAAAUGAUACUCAGCAAGAAUACUACAGAUUUUACCUACGAAAAAAGCAACCGGACUACUUAUGGUCUGACAGCAGGUUUCCCAUGGAUCCUCAGCUCCUAAAGGACUAUUUUAACAGAUUCCUUUAUCAACCACGUGACAAGGAAUACCCAGAUCUGUGUCAGCUUCCGGAUUUGAAUGAGCAAACGCUGUUGGAUAAUCUGAGGGCAAGGUUUCUGGCUGGCAACAUAUACACUUACGUUGGCAGCAUACUGAUUGCCUUGAAUCCAUUCAAAUUCUAUCCCAUCUACAAUCCGAAAUAUGUUAAGCUAUAUCAAAACAGAAGAUUGGGUCCAGACAUACCUCCUCAUAUAUUUGCCAUAGCCGAUGCAGCUUAUCACUGUAUGCUUAAGGAGAAGAAGAAUCAGUGUAUCGUUAUCAGCGGUGAGAGCGGUUCUGGUAAAACGGAAUCGACGAAUUUCUUGUUGCACCAUUUGACAGCACUCAGUCAAAAGGGUUCGCAUGGCAGCGGUGUGGAGCAGACGAUACUCAGCGCUGGACCGGUUCUCGAGGCGUUCGGCAACGCAAAAACGGCCCACAAUAACAACAGCAGUCGCUUUGGGAAAUUCAUCCAAGUGAAUUACAAGGAAAAUGGAAUGGUUCACGGUGCUGUGGUUCAAAAAUACCUUCUGGAAAAAUCGAGGAUUGUUUCCCAAGGACGAAAUGAAAGGAAUUAUCACGUGUUUUAUUACCUGUUGGCUGGCGCGAACGAGCAAGAGAAACAGCUAUUGCACUUGGAGAGCUGCGAUCGGUACAAUUACUUAAACAAGAGCGGUUGCUACGGGCUGGAAAAUGUCGACGAACGACACGAAUUCUCGAGAUUGAAACAGUCGAUGGAAAUGGUGGGCUUCACAGCAGAGAAGCAAAGGCGGCUCUUCGCAGUGCUGUCGGCAGUCCUUUUGCUAGGUAACGUUGAAUUUUACCCGAGAAAGUCGUAUCACCAUCACGAUGAAGCUGUAGGCGUUAAAAAUCCGGAAGUAGUUGCAUUGAUAUCGGAGCUUCUCCGAGUGAAGCAGGAAACUCUGUUGGCCGCACUCACCGCCAAGCGUGCGAGAGCUUCCGGAGAGACUUUGGUUAUUAACUACAGGCUUCCCGAAGCGAUUGCGGCACGCGAUGCCAUGGCGAAGUGUCUGUAUGGAGCUUUAUUUGAUUGGAUUGUGCUACAGGUGAAUCAUGCUCUGCUUUCGAAAAAAGAUACCCUCAGAGAUCAUCAAGGCAAUAGUAUAGGUGUAUUAGACAUAUUUGGCUUUGAAGACUUUAAAACGUGCAACAGUUUCGAGCAGUUGUGCAUCAAUUAUGCGAACGAACAAUUACAACAUUACUUUAAUCAACACGUUUUCCAAUACGAACAACGAGAAUACAGAAAGCAGGGUAUUAGAUGGACGGACAUAGGAUACAGCGACAACUCCGGGUGUCUUAAUCUCAUCGAAGGGAAACCGAACGGUCUCCUAUGCCUUCUCGACGAUCAGUGCAACUUUCCUGGCGCGACGAACGAAACGUUGUUACAGAAAUUUAACACUGUGCAUAAAGAGAAUCAGUUCUACGAGGCGCCGCAGCGCCGAGAAGCGGCGUUUGUUGUACGUCAUUACGCCGGUGCGGUCAAGUACCAGGCUGCCAAUAUGAGAGAAAAGAAUCUAGACCUGAUGCGACCCGACGGCGUAGUCGGUGUGCUGAAAAACUCCUCGCUUGCUUUCGUGCGGGAAUUGGUCGGCGCUGAUCCGGUCGCCGUGUUCAGAUGGGCUAUACUGCGGGCCUUCUUUCGCGCUCACUUUGCAUUUCAAGAAGCCGGUCGAGCGCACAGACAUGGUAGAGUCGAUGGAAACAAGACUGUACAAAAUAGAUACAGGACACCCAACGAGAAUUUAAUAAGUUCACACAAACAUACUCGCCCAACAAGUUAUCAGAAGCAGCGCAGUGUAUGUUUACCACCGGCCACUACGCCUUCUGCCACAUUAUCUUCCAUACAAACCGAAAACAACGACAAUAUAAACAACAAUCGUCUAUCGUGGCCGCAAUUUAGAAACAUUAAUCAGACGCAACACCCAUCGAACGUCACGUCGACGAAGGGUGGUUACGUAUUACGGGGCCGGGAAGACCAGUCCCAUAGUAAUAAUAAAUUCAGACGAGAUACUCACACACCGCUAGAGAGGGUGCUUCCAAAAGACGAAGCAAACGUCAUGGAACGCGCUAAUCAGAUUGUCAUGAAAAAUAAAUCGUUUCGGCCGAGAGAGCGCGGCAAGAAAGGCCUGAAAAAUCUGCAAACUGUAAAGACGCUCGCAGGAAGAACUCAGAGUUACGGCACCGGGCCGGGAAAAGCCAGAAAGCAACCGAUGACCGUUUCCGCGCAAUUUCAGCAGAGCUUGCACAGUCUGAUGGACACUCUGAAUCAGGCAAAUCCGUUCUUCAUCAGAUGUAUUAAGAGCAACGCCAAUAAAGUAUCGAGUGAAUUCGACGAGGAGACGGUACAACGACAGCUGCGCUAUACCGGCAUGCUGGAAACUGUCAGAAUAAGGCAGGCCGGUUUCAACGUGCGAUUAACGUACGAGGAAUUUAUACAACUCUAUCGAAUGCUGCUUCCGAAGGGUCUUCUGAGCUCGCAAUCCGACGUGAGGGACUUCCUGCUGACUCUCAAUCUCAACAGAGAUAAUUAUCAGUUGGGCACUACCAAGGUCUUCCUCAGAGAGUCCGAAAAGAUCAAAUUAGACAUCGAACUGCAUCAACAGAUCAUAACGAGCAUCACCACGAUACAGAAGUGGUUCCGCGCCUGCCUGGAAAGGCGAAAAUUCCUUAGAUUGAAGAACGCUAUCGUACAGAUACAGUCAUUCUGGAGGAUGGUCUCGGCGCAGCGAUUGGCUCAGGUUCUUCGUGCGAGAACCGAGGCCGCGUUACAUAUACAAACUGCCUGGAGAAUGUACAAACAGCAUAGCUGGUUCAAAAAGCUGAAGUUGUGCGUAGUUACCUUCCAGGCGUACGUCAGAGGGAACAGCGCUAGAAAGAAAUUCAAUGAAUUGAAAAAGCGAAAGAGGCUUCUAUCGGACAAGGUUCAGGAAGUCAAGAAAAUUCCGGAAUAUAAGGAGCUUAUGUAUAAUAAAGUGUGCGCCAAAGAUAGCGAAGAUUCGUUCGUGGAAGAUCGAAGUCUGACGGAGUACGGCGAAUCACCUCGAAAAGUAGAAUCUCAAAAUCGGUUCGCAUCAGUUAGGACUGAUAAUGCGUACCGGGACGGUACUUUGGAGACAAGCAUCUCGUAUUCCAAGCGAAAACUCACGCCGAACAAGCGAAUUUUACACGAUGCAGCGUUGAAGAACACGGAAACGUAUCACUUCGACGAGCUCACCGAGCGCAAGAGUAGUCUCGAGAGUCUGACAAGUCUGAGGAGUUACGAAUCUCAAGCCAGCGUCAACAGUUCCGAGUCGCAGGAGAAUUCCGGUUCGAGGCCCGUGCCGAGCACGAGAACGAAACGCGGUGAUCAUUCGCCGGCGGUCGCGUCGAGUGUAAAUCUAAUGUCCAGUCGGCUCUCCUCGGUGAGCAGGAGAACCGACAGCUCCUCGACGGGCUACAGCGACGGCGAAACGGAGAGCGAGACGCCGAGCGCCGUGCAGAGUGCUCCACCUGUUUUCAACACCAGUCCGCCGUACGUCAGUUCGCGCGACGUGAAGUACCACCAUCCCGCCAACGUGAACCUGACGCAGCACAGUCCGAGUUCGGACAUUUGGCGUCGUAGAGUAGAUUACCCGCACGCCAAUUACAGCGACUACUUCAUGUCGGUACCUCAGAAAGCGACCGUUACCCGUUCUCCAAACGUUUCCCACUACAAGAGUACGCCGGAUAACGUUUUCGAAUCGACCCGACAGGAGAAGCCCAACGAAGCGGCGAACUAUAAUGUCAAACUCGACACGAGCGAUCGCUUCGUUCAGAUGGAGAGCAUGGCGAGCGGCAGGCAGCAGCGUGGACUCAACGACAACAACGUGGCUAACGAACGGAUGGAAAGUAUUCCGAUAUCGCCGGCAAAGCGAGAGCAAACCAAGCAUGGACCUGUCAAGAACGUCAAAGAUCUUGGCUACUUGCGACGACAAAACUCGGAGGGCGACACCGCGAUGAAAGUCGUGGACGUCAACGACGAGAACGCUUUGAAGAGCACCCUACUGAGGGGAGCCUCUCCGAAUGAAAAGAACUCGCGUUCGAAGGAGAAAUACGAGCCGGACGUGCCGGUGAGGAACGCAAGACGGAACAGACCUUCGCGAGAGGUUCAGUGUCGGUCCAUGGGCGAGAACGUGGUCGAAACCAACCCGGAAACGCGAAAUCUGCUUCUCGGCACGAUCAAGGAGAGCGACUUGAAUAAAACGACGAACGUGUGGUCGCGGAAGGAUUAUCCGCACGAGAGCUCGACUUCUCGAUCCGUUACGGAUUGGCCCAUGAACAAGAACGAAGCGACGUACAAGGUGCAGCAGCCCGGUAAACGCAUGCGAUCCAACGCGAUAACGACCCUCGAGCUGCGAAGGAGGAACUCCGAUCCAGCCACGAAGAUCUCGGGUCUGAGCGAGGACAAGAUGGGACAGGACACCAGCUCGAACGAUCUGAAACUGGCGCCCGGCAUGAAUCUUCUCGAGUGGAAGGGUAACAAUCUGUUCACCCUGGCCGGCCAUCGUUUCCGUAAGGUGGCGAGAUUCGCGAAGGACGACGUGUGCGUGUGCUGCCACGAGAAGAUGGACGCGUUCGUGACGCAGGGCUACAAGUGCGUCGACUGCAAGCAGCUCUACCACGUCAAGUGCAUUCAGAACGGCGGAGUCCUGAAAAUGCCUUGUCUGCUCGCCAACACGCCGAGCAACAGACGGAAGAAUAGAAAACCACCGCGCACACCGUACGACACUACGAAAACGGUCGCGUCCAAGUUCAAUCUGACCGGCACCUCGGCCUUCUCCGACAGCACGGACAAGAUCAUCUCCGACGCCAAGGAGUUGGCGCUGAUGCAAGACUUUAUCACCAAGAAGAUCUACAAGAUGGAGAGUCAAGAGGAGGGACGGAAACCGAGCGAGGUCGAUCGGGUUUUCAAGCAUGCCCUCCGGAAGUUCAAGGACGACCUGGUGAUCACGUACAGCGUCGCCAUACAGCAAGGCGUGGAGGGCAACAUCAAGUACACCGAUUUGAUCGCCAAUUUUCUUCACGUUAUGGAGACUGUCUGCAAGCAAGAGAACACGAGGGAGGAUUUCCCUGUGACGAUGGGCGUGAACGCAUUCAGAGGCUUCAUGAAUGAAUUCAUGGCGAUGGUUAAGACCGAAGCUCCCGAGAAGCAAAGCAAGAAACGGAAGAAGGAGAAGAAGCGGAAGCAGGAGGAGCCCAUACGGCACGGCAGUCACAUGUUCCAGUUGACUAUUAUCAACAUACCCACCGCUUGUGAAGUCUGCACGUCUUUCUUCAUGUGGCCUAUCGAGCGAGGACUCGUUUGCCAGAAUUGUAAAUUGACAUGCCACAAAAAGUGCUACAUGAAGGCGUCGGCGGAAUGCGGCAAGGAUGGCUCUCUGCAUGAAACGAAUUCGCGCAAGGUGUUCGGCGUACCGCUGUACAAGUUGGACUGCGGCGACGGCAAAGUGCCACUCGUAGUAGACCGUUUGAUCACGACUAUCGAGAUGCACGGUCUCUAUACCGAGGGUAUAUACAGGAAGAGCGGCGUCAGUUCCAAAGUGAAAGAACUCAAGACGAAAAUGGACGAGGGUGACUUGGAGAAGGUGGAUUUCGAGAACUAUCAGGUGCACGUCCUAGCGGCGGUGCUGAAGAGCUUCUUCAGGGACAUGCCGGAGCCGCUGCUGACCUACGAAUAUUACGACGACUUCCUGCACGCGGCGAACUUGACGGAUCCGCACGAUCGAAUCAGCACGCUCUUCGCCAUACUGAAGAAAUUGCCGAAGCUUAAUUACGAUCUGAUGGAACGCCUGAUUGUCCAUCUGGCGCGAGUGGCGCGACACGAGGUGGACAAUAGGAUGUCACCGUCGGCCCUGGCCAUCGUUUUCGCGCCGUGCAUCCUCAGAACGAACAGGACCCUGCCCGCGCAAGAUUCCCUUCAGGACGUGGGCAGGCAGACGCGUUGCGUCGAAACGAUCGUGCAGGAGAAGCUGAGAGUGGUCCGAGUGACGCUGGCGGACAUAAAUACUCUCGAGUCUGCUUGUCACACGGCGACUCAUCGGCUCUCCAGUUUACGAUCGUCCAAGAUCUUCAGUCCGGAGGAGUUGAACAUAGCCGCUUCGAGCGCUGCAGGACGGGCGGCCGCGAUGGACCGCGACAGGGAUCAUCGAGGAGACGAGGAGGAAGCGCUACUUGUCGAUCAUAUACAAGAAAUCCAGAAGGAAAAGGCCCUCUUGACGUCUACUCUACCGAGUUUAACGAGGGCUUCUUCGGACGAUGAUCUCCUCUUGUCAGCCACGGAUCUGGACGAUGGAUCCCUCGACGAUCUACUCCCAUCUACUGCUGACGGACUCGUAAGGAAGAAGCCCGUUCAAAGGCAAAGUUCAGCAGACAAUUCGUUUCCAACGAUUAUCAAUAUGGACGACGAUAUGGUAAUGGUAUGAAUAGCGUCCGCAAGUUAACGUUAACGCGCGUUCUGAACAGUCGUAGCAGUCCGACAGAUGAUGCGAAUUAUCGUAUUAGGGCAAGAGAAAAUAAAUAACUUUAAUUGCUGGUCCUUUCAGCUAAUUAUUAAUGUGUUGAAACGCAUUAGCAAUUAUAAAAGCUUAUAAAUAGCUUUCGUAAUUUGUUGAUUGACUCCAUAAAAUGUAGUUUAAUUGUGCGACUGAAAUAAUUCCAUUUUCUCUUAUCGAAGUCAGUAGAGAAUAAUCUAAAAUCUAUUUCGUACAGUGUGUGAUUAGAAAACAGCUGCACAAAUUUUAACUCUUUGCCGCAUAAUUUUUUAUUCACAAUGCAUUCCUUUCUUUGAAGACUGUCGAAGUAUUUUAGGCGCUACGUUUCGUUCGUCUAUAGAUCCUGAAAAGAAACAUUAUUAACGCGCCGCUUUAUACAUUUUAAAUAUAAGAGAUAAAAGCACAGAAAAACUAGAAAGUAUUUAAAGAAAAGCGUAUACUGCUCUUAAAAUAUGUAUAUUUAAAUACAUAUAUAUAUAUAUAUUUUAAGAAAUUUCCGCUUAUCAAAGUGAUGAGGGAGUCAUAUCGAAUUACUUGUUUUUACAAAUUUACGUUCAUAAAAAUGUAAUUUAUUGUUGCACCGUGUUGCAGUUCUCGGUAAAAAAAAAACACGCUUUUUUACGGAGAAUCUUUCUAAUAUACGAUGUGUAGAUGCGCUGUUCCUUUAUGACUUAUCGUUUAGCGUUAGUAGAUCUGCCACUUGAUAGACCAUCUCUUCCCAAAGGAUCUACUUGUCUACGUUCGAGUAGAAUCGAUAAUCGACCGCUUUGAAUUCCUGCGAGAUGUUUUUACUGUAUUUCGUUAUGAUGUCUGACGACGGUGAGCCGAUUUAAGAAGUGUUAGAUUUAGGCGCAGGGAUUUAAGGGACGACCAAGAGAGAGAAUAAGGAAAACCAAAACAUAGUUUGUACAUAUUAUGCAAUAUAACAAAUUUCGUAAUAA